AUGAAUCGUUUAGCCGGAUUACCGGAACCGGAAUUCCGGCUUUUUACAGAAUCGUUGAUUACUUUUAGUUCGUUAAUUUUGAGGAAUCUCACCGAAUAUUACAACGCUGUAGAUACGACAAAUAUGAUGAUAAUUUUUGCUUCCAUGUUAUACGAAAGAAGAAUUAUAUUUACAUCAAAAAAGUUAACAAGACUUAGUGCGUGCGUGCAGUCUGCCAAUGAUCUUCUCUACCCAAUGAUAUGGCAACAUAUAUUUAUUCCUGUUCUUCCUAUGGCCUUUAGGGAUUAUUUAUUAGCACCAAUGCCUUUUUUAAUAGGAGUACCAGAAGAAGUUAUGAAGGAUGUUUCUAGAAGUGAUAUAGGAGAUGUAGUAAUAUUAGACGCGGACAAUAACACAAUUGAAACCCCUUUCGAUGAUUUACACAAUUUACCAACGGAAGUUGUAAAUUCACUUAAGAAACAAUUAAAGAAUAAAGCAGCUUUACUAGGUGAUGGAGUGUCAAGAGCUUUUCUUAGAGCUUUAGUACAAUUAAUUGGAGGAUAUAGAGAUGCCCUUUCAUUUGGUGAUAAAGCGACGUUUGAUGAAAAUAAAUUUUUUGAAACGAGACCAUCAUCACUUCAACCUUUUUUAAAGGAAAUGCUUCAUUUACAAAUAUUUAGACAGUUUAUAGAAGAAAGAUUAGAAAUAUUAGGAGCUGGAUUAGGAUUUACAGAUCAAUUUGAAACGGAAGUUUCAAUUUAUUCGGAAAAAUCUAGCUCGAAAUUAAAACAACAAUACAAAGAAUGGUCAUCGACCAUGAAAAAAGAAGGAACUGCAUUUUUUAAAAACGUUAAAGACAAGGCUAACCCCGCUGUUAAAUCAGCUGUUAAAACGGUUAAAGAUAGUGGUAAAGGAAUGAAAAGCGCUUAUAAAGGAUUAAGAUCGAAAUUAAAAGAUAACCCAAGUAGGCAAAUCGAAAACGGACUUGAAGCGACCAGCUUUGAUAAACCUAGAUCAGCACCAAAUUCGCCAACGGGUAAAAGACGACAAUUACCUUUUUCUGUUCCUGCUAACGCAUAUAGAAAAGACGCCUCAUUAUCAUUAAAAGGUUCAUUACAUGAAAGAUCUUAUAGUCCUUUGAAUCCCUUGUCUCAGCCUUUAUCUCCAGACGUUCCGGAUCAUUUAAAUAAUACUGAAUCCCCUAGUUUGGAUAUCCCACAAAUGGAUUUAAUGACUGAAAUGACGGAUUUUUUUAAACUACAUCUUGAUACACCUCCAGUUGAUAGAUCUUUAAAACCUGUACGAAGUUUAGAAAAUUUCAAAACUCCCCAAUUAUCGUCACCCCCGUACAGUCCCUCGUCAAGAUUGUUCCUGCCUGUUUUAAAAUCCUCACAGGAUACUCAAAAUUUGCUUCUCCAGUCUCCGGAUGAUGUGUUUUCAUCACCCCCAGUGCCACCAAGGCCCCAUUUUAAACCGACAACGACACCGUUUGUUGUCGGUGGUGGUCGUGCUGAAAACGGCCGACCGGUUUUUUUGGUCGCUAAUGAAUAUCGAGUGGAUGUUGUUAGGUUAUCUCCACCUGCAAAUUCACCUCGGAAAAAGAAACAAGAUGACACCGAAGAUUUAAUAAGAUUAGAUUCUUCCUCAUCAGACAUCGACGAUUUUGAUCCAUUAAAAUCAUCACUUUCAACAUCAAUGCCUAAUACAAGUAGUACAUUUAACUUCCAAUUUGAUUUAAACGAUAGAAAUGCACACGAUUACAAUAAUAGAGUACCUAUAAGCGUUACAAAUCCGUUGUAUAAUUACGAGAAUCAUCACGUUGCUCCUCCAACAAACGGAUCGUCAUCGUCAACUCCAUUUUUAAUGCGAACCUCCGAUCGAGAAACCGUCGAUUUAUUACAAGAAUAUGGUUUGGAUUUUUCGAAAUUUUCCGGAUCGAAAUAUGAUGGCGUUGGUACGAAUGGUGAUGGUAGUGUAUCAAAGGUGAAUACAAAAAAAGAAUGGACUAAAUUUGAAUAGAGCCACGAAUAUUAUUAAAAAACUGUUUUAGUAUGUAUUUUUAUACCCUUUUUAUUUUAAUAUGUAAUUUAUUUAUUGUGAGCUGGUAUACAUAUCUUUAAAUGAAAGAAACGAAUGUUAAAAAUGUAAGGUUAAAAGAAAUUUCUAAACUAUAUAAGAUCGAAAAUGUUGAUGAAAUAAAAAAGAAAGAAUAUUUAAUUAAUUAUUACUAAAGUAUUAUCAUGUAAAUAUGAUAUAAUACAGAUAUAUAACAUAUUAUUAUUAUAUAGGUACAAACUUUAUACAUGCGCGUAUUUAAAAAAAAAAAGUAAAAAAGAAUGAUUUAUGUUAUAUAGAAUUAGCUGUGAUAUCGAAAAGAUUGAAGAGAAAUUUAAAUAACCGAAUGAAAGAUAAAAAAAUAAGCGAGCGUCAAUUUUUUAAAUUUACUUUAUUAUUUUGUUAUUUACGUAUAUAUGUGCACAAUUACCAAUUAAAUUAUUAUCAGUUUGAAAAAUAAAAAUGUUUUAAUAAACUAAAA